AUUUUUUACGAAACGCUAACACUGAAGCACCUCCUAAUGCUUAAUAGUUAAUACCGAAAUUCUUUACUACUGCUUAUUUGCUUCAAUCGGAAUAUUAAUUUGUGUUGCGCUUGUGAUAUAUUUCCCAUCUCGGAAAGUUGUAUAUCUAUUUUGGAUUCAUUCACCAAACUGAACCAUGUCUGCUGGAGCUGUAGUACAAAAACUAGCAAAACCACAAUUACGUGGACUUUAUGAUAAGAAAACCAAGUUCCACCUUGUGUUUAGUGUUGUUUUAUCUAUUGGAGUUGGUGUGGCAUACAAAUAUGGCAUUGGUGAACCUCGUAAGAAGGCUUACGCAGAAUUUUACAAACACUAUGAUGCCGAACAGGAUUUUGAAAGAAUGAGGAAAUUAGGACUUUUCUCAUCUUGCCCUGUUGAUGAUUAAAAUAACCUAUGUCAUAAUGUAACUAACUAGUUGUUCUAUGUAAAUUUAUUUGAUCAGAAAAGUCAAUGAAUACAUUUUUGUAUUGAUAAAAUAUAAUUAAUUAUUAUGUGCUA